UUUUUUAAAUAGCGGGACUCUGAUAAAAUUUCGUGCACUCCUCAACAUCAAAAGUACUUCAGACUGAGGAGAGACAAGUUGUGAAAGUUGAUCCAGCCAGAGGAAAAAAAAAUUGAAAAUGUCUAAGAGGCCAGCAAAGAGUGAGAAAAGCGCAAAAAUCCGAAAAAUCAUCAAUGCCCCCACGGAGCCCCCCAAAGUGGAAAUUGCCGAAGGAGUGUGGAUGCCGACACUUGGCCUUGGAACGUACUCUCAACCGGAACAGCUGCAGGCAACAAAAUGGGCCAUUAGCAUGGGGUAUCGCCUAAUUGACACAGCCGAGAUGUACCGGAAUGAGGUGACUCUGGGCAAAGCCAUCAAGGCAAAGAUCAACGAAGGUGUUGUGAAACGAGAAGAUCUCUUUAUUGUCUCCAAGGUGUGGAACUACUCGCACCGUGAGACGGAAGUUGUAGAAUCAUGCCAGCGAAGUUUGGAGCGUCUUCAACUCGAUCAGCUUGAUCUCUACCUCAUACACUCCCCAAUUGGUUUCAACUUCCACAACGAAGACGUCAUGUUUCCCUACAAGGAAGACGUAGGAGGCGAAAAGAUUCUCGAUAGCAAUGAAAUAGAUUACCUUGAGACAUGGCGCGGGAUGGAGAAAUGCCACGAAUUGGGCCUCGUACGGAGUAUUGGAUUGUCCAAUUUCAAUUCCAAACAAAUUGACAGAAUUCUCGAAAAUUGCACCAUCAAACCGGCAGUUUUGCAAAUUGAACUCAACCCUAUGAUCACUCAGAAGGAACUCCUAAGGUACUGCGCCGGAAAGAAGAUCACCGUCCAGGCGUUCACACCAAUUGGGCGUCCACGGCCAAACACUAGAGAUCCACGCUACCUCUAUGAUGCUCGUGUUGUAAGAAUUGCAAGGAAAUACAAAAAGACAACGGCUCAAAUCGCCCUCAGAUAUAUCCUCGACGUCGGUGCUUGCCCCAUUCCCAGAUCAGUGUCAAAGAAGCAUCUUCAGGACAACAUAAAUGUUUUUAAUUUCAGGCUUACUCCUGCGGAAAUUGCCGUAAUGGAUAGAUUCAACGAAUCGAGACGUCUUCUGAGGUUCGCCUGUGCAAAGGGGCACAUAUAUCACUUUUUAAGAAUAGAGGAAAUUGAGGCUCGUGAUUUAUUGAUGGUAGAUGAUGAAGAGACGGAGGAAGAGGAAGAAGCGGAAGAAGAGGAAGAAGCGGAAGCAGAGGAAGAAGCGGAAGCAGAGGAAGAAGCGAAAGCAGAGGAAGAAGCGGAAGCAGAGAAAGAAGAGGAAGCGAUGGACACGUCUGAAGAUUCGGAAAAGCCAGAAGUGAAGGCCGUAAAGACAAGGUCGAGAGCGUCAAGAAGGAAGAAAAUUAUGGAAGCGGCAGCAGGACCGUCCAGAGCAGCAGGACCGUCCAGAGCAGCAGGACCGUCCAGAGCAGCAGGACCGUCCAGAGCAGCAGGACCGUCCAAAGCAGCAGGACCGUCCACUGCGCCAGGAACGUCCAAAGCGGCAGGAACAAGCAAAAAAUCAAAAGCAGCCGAAAAGACUAAAGGAGCGAAAGCAUCAGAAGUGGCUACAGCAUCAGAAGCACCUUCAGGAUCAAAAGCGACUACCAGAUCAAGAGCGGCUACAGUAUCAGAAGCACCUUCAGGAUCAAAAGCGACUACAAGAUCAAGAGCGGCAACAACAUCAGAAGCACCUUCAGGAUCAAAAGCGACUACAAGAUCAAGAGCGGCUACAGUAUCAGAAGCACCUUCAGGAUCGAGAGCUACUACAAGAUCCAAAUCAGCUACAAGACCAAAACCGACUACAGGAUCGAAAGCAAAAAAAUCACCGAAAGGGCCCAAAGGAACCAAAGGUUCGAAAAGCAAAAAAUAAUUUUUUAAAUGUGAAAAUUGAUGAUUUCUAAUGAUGAUGAUCCAUGGAAAAAAAAUAAAUAAAGAUUGAUGUAAAUUGUAUAAAUGGUUCAAAGUUUUUAUAAAAAAUAAAUGUAAUUUUGUGGUAA